GUUGUUCGGCCCGGAGCAGAGGAGCGUAACCGGAAGUUCGAGGCUAGCGGGUCGUUCCGGUGACGCUCUACCCGGCCUCGCGCGGCCUCGCUGCUUCGACGGAGGACUGACGGCAGGGAGCCGGCGGAGGCGGGGAGAGAGAAGAUGGCGGAGGCCUCGGCGGCGGCGGCCGCCGUGUCCCAGCACCGUUUCUUCUGCCACAGCUGCAAGGGGGAGGUCAGCCCUAAGCUGCCGGAGUACACUUGCCCGAGAUGUGAAUCUGGCUUUAUCGAAGAAGUCACAGAUGAUUCCAGUUUUCUAGAUGGCAGUGGCAUAGACGACAGCCCAUCCACACAGUUUGCAGAGCUUUGGGACCAUUUGGACCACACAAUGUUCUUUCCUGACUUCAGACCCUUUCUGAGUAGCAGCUCACUGGAUCAAGACAGCAGGGACAACGAGAGGGGCCACCAAGCCCACGCCGACCUCUGGGGACCAAGCCGACCCCCGCGAUUGCCCAUGACGAGGAGGUACCGAUCCCGGGGCAGCUCGCGCCCCGACAGGUCUCCUGCUAUCGAAGGAAUAAUACAGCAGAUCUUUGCAGGGUUUUUUGCAAACUCAGCGAUUCCUGGCUCUCAACACCCUUUUUCCUGGAGUGGGAUGCUGCACUCGAAUCCUGGGGACUAUGCGUGGGGACAGAGCGGCCUCGAUGCUAUUGUCACCCAGCUCUUGGGGCAGCUGGAAAACACGGGACCACCCCCAGCCGACAAAGAGAAGAUCUCAUCUCUCCCAACGGUGACAGUAACUCAGGAACAAGUCGAUACGGGUUUGGAGUGUCCUGUGUGCAAAGAGGACUACACAGUAGCGGAGCAGGUUCGGCAGUUACCGUGCAAUCACUUCUUCCACAGCAACUGCAUCGUGCCGUGGUUAGAGCUGCACGACACGUGUCCGGUGUGCAGGAAGAGUUUAAAAGGGGAAGAUUCGACUCGGCAAACACAAAACCCCGAGGCCUCAGCGAGUAACAGCUUUAGCAGUGAAAGCCAACUACAGGAUCGAUGGACUUUCUGACGCUCGAGGGCUCCCCGGGGGGCUCUGGCCGGAGCAGCGUUACUACAGAUGUACAUCGUAUUGUAAUUCAAACAUCGACAACAAAGAGUAGCAGGAAAUACGGGGCGGGGGAGGGCACCCACCCUGUGGUAUUACUGCAAUGAGUGCUGUCUUUUUCCUGAAACUUUAAACUAGCAUCUCCGAGCGCAUCGCGUCUCCAGUGGAAUCGCCUCUUUAGUCCUAAAUUCAGUCUUUUGAGUGAUUUGACUUGAUUUGAGACUUGUGAACCCUUUACUUCAGCCGUGGCCUGUCUGAAGAGGGAGGGGGGAGCCGGUGCGGGGAGGUUUGGGGAGACCCCCGCCUGGCUCCCGAGGUCUCUCUGCGGCCUCCUCGGCGUUUCCCCCGCUCCUGGCAAAGGUGGCGACAGCGUCCCCGCUGCGGUGCUCCGCGUCCUAAGGGAGGGGCGGGAAGGGAGGAGGUUUCUGCCUUCUCUGCCCCCUCUCCCUGCCCCUCGAACCGCGGCGGGGGAAGCCGAUCCAGGAGGGGUUGUUUCCCCCACCACCACCCCCCUUUUCAGUUCAAGUGCUGGUGUCUGUAACACAGUGGUCUGGGCUUUCUCGAGGCGGAGGGGAGGACGGAGGCGGCGGAGGGGAGGACGGAGGCAGCGGAGGGGAGGACGGAGGCAGCGGAGGGGAGGACGGAGGCAGCGGAGGGGAGGACGGAGGCAGCGAAGGCUCCCGGAGCUCCGACCGCGGCCCGGGACGCGCAGGACCCCCCCCCCCUCGGUUCUGGGAACGCACCAAGCAGGAUUUUCUGUCUUGUCGUGGACUUUCCUUUGGGUUGGGGUUUUUUUGGGGGGCGGUUUGUUUUAUUUCCCGGCCCUUCUCCAGGUGCCUGCGUCCCCAGGUCUGCCCAAACCUCUCCCCCCAGCCCAGUGAGUUCGUUUAGGAUCCUUAGCUGGCUUGUAUCAUAUGGACCACAUUAAAGGCACCCUUUAGGAGAACAGACCUAACCGUGCGUAGCCAUUUUAACGGCCGAUUCCUCCGUGUUUAACACAGUCUCACUUCUCCCUUAGUCCAAUAACCUUAAAAGAAUCUAUUUUUGCGGAUUAUUUUAUUUUCCUUUGGGGUUUCCCCCAGCCCCCUUCCCCCCUCCCCAA